AUGAGUGACAAAAUCCCUUCAUGGAAUGUUGUCCACAAGCUGGAGAAGCGCCAGCUUCUUGUCGGGAUCAACUGUGUCGCUGCGCUAUCCAUUCUAUUUUUCGGAUAUGAUCAGGGUAUGAUGUCCGGCGUGAACAAUGCCAAAGACUACAUCGACUUGAUGGGCUUCGGUUAUACCAAGGUGGUGGAUGGUGAGGUGACACCGGUGGUCACGAAUUCCUUGCUACAGGGUGGAAUCGUGUCAGUCUACUAUCUCGGAACUCUUGUCGGUGCCUUAUUUGGUGGUUGGAUCGGUGACCGGAUGGGUCGAAUCAAGUCGAUUGCUGUUGGAGCCGCUUGGGCUAUUUUCGGUGCGGCUCUGCAAUGCUCGGCUCAGAAUCACGUUUGGAUGAUUUGCGCUCGUUUGAUUAACGGAAUCGGAACUGGUAUUUUGAAUGCUAUCGUUCCUGUGUGGGCUACCGAGACGGCUGAGCAUACUUCGCGUGGUCAAUUCAUUGCUAUUGAAUUUACACUCAACAUCUUUGGUGUUGUCUUGGCUUACUGGCUGGAGUUUGGCCUUUCUUUCAUCGACAACGGAGAAUCAGCAUUCCGCUGGAGAUUCCCCAUCGCCUUCCAGAUCAUCUUCCUGCUGGUCCUUUUCUCGGCCGUCUGGUUCUUCCCAGAGUCUCCUCGAUGGCUCGUCAAGGUCGGCCGAGAGGACGAGGCUCGCUACAUCCUGCAGCGUCUGCGUGGAUCUAGCGGAGAAGACCUCGUCCGCGCAGAGGCCGAGUUCCAGGAUAUCCUCAGCAUCGCCGAGAUGGAAAAGACCGUCGUUCACGGCAACUCGUAUCUAUCUAUGCUUUUCGGCUACAAGUCCGGUGAUCUUCACAUCGGACGUCGCGUGCAGCUGGUCGUAUGGUUGCAGAUCAUGCAGGAAUGGGUUGGAAUCGCCGGUGUGACCGUUUAUGCCCCGACAAUCUUCAGCAUUGCUGGAUUUGACUCGACGAAGAGUCAGUGGAUCAGUGGAUUGAACAAUGUUUUCUACAUGUUUGCUACUCUGGUCUGCGUCUUUACCCUCGACCGCAUCGGUCGCCGAUGGACGUUGUAUUGGGGAUCGGUAGUCCAGGGAAUCGCCAUGUUCCUCGCGGGUGGAUUUUCCCGACUCGCCAUCGACUCCAAGGCAGCCGGUGAAAUGGGCAAAGCAUCCUCAUAUGGUGCAGCCGCGGCCUCGAUGAUCUUCAUCUUCACCUCCACGUUCGGUGCGACGUGGUUGACCGUGCCAUGGCUUUACCCCGCAGAGAUCUUCCCUCUGGCCGUUCGCGCCCGAGGAAACGCCUUUGGUGUCGUGGGAUGGAGUAUCGGAAACGGAUGGCUGACUCUCCUGUGUCCCGUCAUGUUCAACGCUAUCGGCGAAAAGACCCUCUACGUCUUCGCCGCCAGCAAUGUCAUCACUAUUCCUAUGGUAUGGGCUCUCUACCCAGAAAGCAACCAACGCACACUCGAAGACAUGGAUCUUCUCUUCGCAGCGAAGACACCCUGGACUUGGGAUGCAGAGGCUACCUUUGCACGCCUCAAGGCUGAGAAUCCGGGCAUGGUCCAGACGCUCAGUCGCAAGGGUAGUGUUGUGGACCCGGAGACUGGAAAGACUCUUUCUAUUGGCGCUGCUGCUGCUACUGCGGCUGCCAAGAUGGAUGAUAGUACCACUGCGGCUGAGCAUGUAGAUCGCGCUUGA